AUGUCGGACAACAACAACAACGAGCUUGCUCCGCAUGUCGUAAAUCAUAUGCACGACCUGGGCAUGUCACCGCCGCCAUCGGAUCAGACGAGUCCCGCAGAGCAGCCGAGCUCCGAAGGCUCAAACUCAGGCAGGUUCAGCCUCGACUUUCUCAAGCUCGGGCUCGGGUCUCGCAGGAAAGACGGCGAGAAACCGAAGCGUCGGGGCCCUAAGCCCGACUCCAAGCCGGCGCUCACUCGGCGCCAGGAACUGAACAGACAGGCGCAAAGGACGCAUCGCGAAAGGAAGGAGUCCUACACCAAGAACCUCGAGGCUGAAACCACACGCCUCGCCGCCGAGUUCACCCGCAUCCAGAAAGAGAAGGCCGCCGUAGUGGCCGAGAACCAGCGUCUUCACGAGGAGACGGCGCGCCUGCGCGCGAUCCUGGAAGCCCAUGGCAUCGCGUACACGCCGCAGACGGGGUACACCAUGGGGCCCGCUGUAGGCCAGGGCGUCCCGCCGCCGGAGGUGGCCAGGUUCGGGAGGACGUAUAAUGAGAUUGGCAUUGAUUUUGUAUUGGCGUUGGAGAAGCCGUGCAUGGACCAUAUCCAGCUGAUGUUUGGGAAUAUUGACAAGAACCCCGAGGCGGACUUCCACGGGCACCGGCUGAUGGUGUCGUGCCCGCCCGAGCCGCUGUACCUCAAGCAGCAUCAACAACAGCAAGAGCAGCAACAACAACAGACACAUGCGGAGGUGCCGUGGGGCGCGCAGACGUGGGAUCUGGCGGCGAACGAGUUGUGGGAUCUCUUUAAUAUGCAGGAUAGGUUUGAGCUGGAGGGGGAGUUGACGCCGAUUGCUGUUUGGGUUCUCGUCUCGCAGCACCCGCAGUUUGCCUACCUGGACAUGAACGACUUCAACUCGCUGGCGGAGGGCCUGCUGCUGAAGGUCAAGUGCCACGGCUUUGGCGCCGUCAUUGAAGAGUUUGAGGUCCAGGACUCGCUUGCGUCGCUGUUCUCAAAGAAGCAGGGCGCUGCUGGGUACUGA